AAGAGACGAGGACACGGACACACACAGAGAAGACUCCUCUUUUCUCCGUGCCUGCACUUAUGCCUGGUGGAGCUCGUUCCCAGCCGUCCUGCCAACCUGCUGCCGACCGCUGCCUGCGCUGCCCCGGAGAAGCCGCAGCUCAGCCCCGCACCGGGGCCCUGGGGAAGGGGAGCCCCCCCCGGCGCUGCCGUUCCCCCCGCCGCGAAGAAGGGCCGCCGCGGGGCUGCCGCCGCGCACCGAGCAAGGGUAGAGGAUGGCCUCAGCUCUCCCGCUGCUGCUGCUCUGGGUGUUUGCCCCCACGGUGGUCCCGGAGGUGUUUGGCCCCGGAGAUGGCACAGAAGACCUCAAGGCUCUGCAGGUCUCCAUCCCACGCCACCCAGCCCUCGAUGCCGUGCUGGCGGGCGACAUCACCAUCCCCUGCCUCAUCACCUACCUCGGCCCCCAGCCCACCGCCGGCACGGCCGGGCGCCGGGCGGUCCUGGGAACCCCCCGGGUCAAGUGGACCUUCAUCUCUGAGGGCAGGGAGGUGGAGAUCUUGGUAGCCCGAGGGGACAGGGUGAAGGUGAGCGAGGACUAUCGCCUCCGCGCCUCCCUGCCCAUCUUCCACCAGCGUUACACCAACGCCUCCCUGCUGCUCACCGAGCUGCGGCCCAACGACUCGGGGAUCUACCGCUGCGACGUGCAGCACGGCAUCGAGGACGGUCACGACAUCCUCGACGUCAAAGUCAAAGGGGUGGUGUUUCACUACCGGGAGGGCUCCAUGCGCUAUGCCUACACCUUCUCUGAGGCGCGGGAAGCUUGUGCCAGGAUCGGUGCCCGCAUCGCCACCCCCGAGCAGCUGUACGCUGCCUACCUCGGCGGCUACGAGCAGUGCGACGCUGGCUGGAUCGCCGACCAGACCGUCAGGUACCCCAUCCACACGCCCCGCGAGGCUUGUUACGGAGACAUGAACGGCUUCCCCGGGGUGAGGAACUACGGGGUGGUGGACCCCGAGGACAUGUAUGACGUGUACUGCUACGCCGAGGACCUCCCAGGGGAGAUCUUUUUGGAGACGGCCCCAGACAAAUUCACGCUGGAGGAGGCGGAGGCGCGCUGUCGGGCGCUGGGCACGGAGCUGGCGAGCACCGGGCAGCUCUACGCGGCUUGGAGCGCGGGGCUGGACGCCUGCAGCCCCGGCUGGCUGGCCGACGGCAGCGUCCGCUACCCCAUCGUCACCCCCCGGGAACGCUGCGGUGGGGCUCUGCCGGGCGUCAAAACCAUCUUCCUCUUCCGCAACCAGACGGGAUUUCCCGAUGCCCAGAGCAGAUACGAUGCGUACUGCUUUCGAGAAGGGACAAACUCUUUCCCUGAGGCUGCAGGAAAAUACCGAGCCAGAGAGCCCGAGGGCCUCCAGGAGAUUGUUACAGUGGCAGAAAAGCUGGAGGAGCUGCAGCUGCCCAAAGCGCAAGUGGAGAUUGAGUCGCGAGGGGCUGUAUACGCCAUCCCUUUCUUUAAGGAUGCUGAGCUGGAAAAGCCGAGCCCGUCCCCCGAAGACGCACUGGGGCCAGGGACCCGGCAUCCCCCGCUAGAUACCUCCGUGUCCUCAGGUCACCCGACCUCCGCUGCCCCUUUCCCCAUGGCCCCGGCCGUCCCCGAGGCAGGCAUCCCGCUUAGCUGUGGUGCAAAACCGGGGACCUCGUCCCCCGCGGAGGAGGAUGGGGUGACAGGGACAGUUGGGGUGUGCACAGCAGCCAGGCACGAGCCGUCCCGCGUGGAGGAGGAACAGGGACCAGCACCGGGCAGGGACCCUGGCAGCACGUUGGGCAGAGGGCGAGACCCCAGCCAGCCCACAGAGCCGGAUGGAGCCGCCGGCGUGCAGACGCUCUCCACGGCCCCCCGGGUGGGCGCAGAGGGACCCACCGGCACUCCGUCCUCGGCAGGGGCCGCAGCAGGUGACACGGAGCUUCCCGAGGGCUUUCCCCGGCCGCUCAGCCCCAUCGUCCCCACGCACUGCCCCGACCGCCCGCGGGAUGCUGUGGGGCAUCCGGCCCACACUGCCAGCCCCGGGGCACCCGGGCACCGGGUGACACCGCCGACCAGUGCCACUUCUACCACCUUGACAGAUAGCCGAGAGCCCGGUGGGACCGAGUCUGGCGGGGCGAGCACCCCUGUCCCCACCGCCGAAGACGCUGAGCUCUCGGGAGAUGUGGUCGAAAGCCCCGGGGCGUCCCCGCUGCCCCCCGCACCCUUGCAGCCACAGGAGGAGGGAGAGGAGCAGUCAGGGGCCCUGUGGCUCCCAUCGCCCGUGGCCCCCGGGGAUGGCAGCACCGUCCCCGCGGCGGAGGUGACAGCGGUCACCCCGUGGCACGUGGAGGUGCCCGGCAGCAGCAGCAGCGCGCCGGCUGCGGGAGGCAAGGAGGCUGUGCCACGACCCCCGGGCACUGACCACGGGAUGCCUGCUGUGUCUUCGGAAGAGGAGGAAGAGGAAGAGGAGGAGGAGGAGGAAGAGCAACCCGCUCCCUCUGUUGCAACCGUGGAGGGUUUCCUUGCAGCCGUUCCUGGAGAACCAGGUGGCUGCGUCCCCAACCCCUGCCUGAACGGAGGGACCUGCACGGAGGACGGCGCCCGCCUCGCCUGCCUGUGCCUGCCCGGCUACGGAGGCAGCAGCUGCGAAAGACCACUGGAGAAGUGCAGCCCUGGCUGGGACAGCUUCCAGGGAGCCUGCUACAAGCACUUUUCUACGCGGAGGAGCUGGGAGGAUGCGGAGACCCAGUGCAGGCAUUACGGGGGACACCUGGCCACCAUCCUGACCCCCGAAGAGCAGGACUUCAUCAAUGACCAGUACAGGGAGUACCAGUGGAUCGGCUUGAACGACCGGACCAUCGAGGGGGAUUUCCAGUGGUCCGACGGGAGCCCCUUGCUCUACGAGAACUGGCACCCCGGGCAGCCCGACAGCUACUUCCUCUCCGGGGAGAACUGCGUGGUCAUCGUGUGGCACGACGGGGGCCAGUGGAGCGACGUGCCCUGCAACUACCACCUCUCCUACACCUGCAAAAUGGGGCUGGUGCAGUGCGGGCCGCCCCCCGCCAUCAGCAACGCCCAUGCCUUCGGCAAACCAAAGCAGCGCUACGAGAUCGGCUCCAUCACGCGGUACCAGUGCCGCCACGGCUUCAUCCAGCGCCGCUCGCCCAUCAUCCGGUGCCGGGAGGACGGGACGUGGGAGCUGCCCCAGCUGGCCUGCCGCCCCGGCUUGGCUCAGCCCCCCGACGACUGAGUGAGAGUCCCCAGGGCAGAAGCCACCACCUCCCCGAGGGCCCCGGAGCCGGCACGGAUGGGGACGGCAGAGGGACACCAGCGCAGACCCCUGGCGUGGCACAAAACCUCGCUGUUGGGUGUCUGCCUCUUUUAUGUUUUAUAUCUGUACAAAGAAAUCCUAAUAACUAAAGAUCCCCUCGAAAGGAACCGACAGUGACCCAAAACGUAGCACAAGGGGUGUUUUGUUCCUGGAGUCACAACAGUCAAAAUCAAGGCGGGGGGUGGGGGCAGGUGAUGGCGUUGAUGUGCCAGCGUCACCUCCGGCCGCUUUCUCCCACCUCUGGCCCAAGGGUCCUCACCCUGUGACGCCCUGGUGGGGGGGUGACGCGGGGACAUUCGAGCUGUGCUGCAGCUCAGCGCCCGUCCCUGGGUGCAGGGGGGGCUUCCGCACUUCCCAGGAAAGGCAGAAACCCGCUGCUGCAGGCUCGGAGUGGGUACGCAUCGCCCAACCCCCCCCCCUCCCCGUGCUUCUGUGGGUAUUAAAACCAGUAAACGGGUG